AAUGGAUCUUGGAAAUAAGUUAGCAAAUCCCACAAGCCCUGAGAUACUAGAUGAUUGAGACCAGAAAGUCCCUAGCUGAGAAGAAAACACACCUUCAGACUCAAGAAGGCCAGCUGAGAGCAGACAGGACAUGGAUCAAGGCUUACAAGGAAUGGCUGCUGAAGACAGCAAACAGGAGGAAGACUAUCCUGACGAAAGUGAAUCAUCGGAAGGAUCCUCAGAGAAUGAUGAAGCAAAGGUGAUAAUGAACUCUACUCAUGCUCAUCAAAAUCGAAAUACUAUCAGAAGUUUUUCGCAGCCUCAAAAUAGAGUUUAUAAAGAUCGUCUCCUUCAAUCUAAACAAACGGAUUACUCCUUUGAAAUCAAAGGCUCAAGAGAUCAUUCUGAGAGGCGCCAAAAUAUGACAAUCAGGAGUAAACUUCCUUUGAAAUAAGAUCGAAGAUAUCAGAAACUCUGUCAGCAUGAAAUCAAAGCAAAGAGCUCACCACCACUUCAAGCAAGAUCUAGUGAGCAGCGAAGAAGAUGAAGAUAUGGACUAUAGCAUGCAGCUCUUGUCACAAAGAAUCGCUUCCAAAAAGUUCUCAUCACAAGUGGCAAGCCCUCUGAAAGGUAACCACGAAGAAAUAAAGAAGCCAAAGGAGAUUAAAGACAAGGAUAUUCCUAUUAAAUAGUAAAUUUCUCAACUGAAUGCAUUUUUAUAUGCUCAAACAAUUUCAGAAAAAUAUCAAAACUAAGGCAAAGAAGAAAGAAAAGCAGGAGAUAAGAAGAGAAAUAUGGGUGAAAACCUCAUUAGAACAAUUUGAAGCUAUUUUCAAGAAAUACACAACUUUCGUACUGUACAAGGAUAGUUGUUAUUUCCAUCCUGGGCUGGAUACUUGCUUGCUUAAACCUGGCAUCAUUCUCAAGAGUAUAGCUGGAGCUAAAAUGAAUUCAAAGAGCAUUUUCAAGAUGAUCUUUCAGUUCAAAACCAAAAAAACAAGAAAAAAGUUAUCUGAAGCAGUGACAGAAAAAUAACAGGAUGAUUUCAGGAAUCUUGAUCAUGCUGUCACUCUUCUUCUCAAAAGAUGAAAUGCUUCAGCUAUUCAUGCAAUUUAUCAAGAAUAUCGACCCAAAUGAGGUCUAUAAAUUCACUCAAGAGCCAGAUGCGAAGAAGAAGGCUUAUUUUAAUCUCAACUACUAUGCUGAUGAGAAGCAUCUUGGGAAAGAAAGAUUCAAAGCCCUUUUGAACCUUAUAAAGAUACAAGCAAGCUAUCCUAUAACUGUUCAUAGAAAUAAAGAUUUAUCACGACCUGGUGAUAAGAAAAUGACAUUUCCUCAAAAAGUCUACAAAAAGUUAAUGCAACACAGCUUUGAUAAGGAAGACGAUCAUGGAGAAAAUUACGCCACUUUUGAAGUAGCUCUGCCAUUACUUCUACUAUGAUUUCUGUCCAAAAUUGUGGCUGAGGUUGAAGAAAUAUAUCAUAAAUUUCAAAACUAUUUGGGCUUAAAUUCAAACACAUCCCAUAACCUUCUCAGAGCAUUUGAGAAGAACAAACUUGACACCAAAAAGCUGACUGAAAAGCUGAUCAAUUAUAGAAUGACCGAGAAGGUAGUCAUCAGUGAGCUCCAGACUGUCAGAAAUAUUGGUACCCCUGUCCUCGUGCAUGUCAAAGAAAGAAUGCAAGUUGGCAAAAUUACUAACCUUAACGGUGUCAGUCAAGCUUAUAUUUCAAAAGACUUCAAUCAACUCGGAUUUGGAAAAUGGCUGGCUGUUAAAAUUCUUCAAAAGAAAUCAUUCCACAGCUUGCAAAAAAUGUUAAAUAAAAAGAAGAAUCAAGAUCAGACGCAGACAACUCUUGCUUUUCUCAAAGAUGAGAAAUUGCACACCAUCGCUGCUUUCCUUGAAGAUUUUAUUCAGAACAAAGGUUGUAGGAUCAACGAAAUUGUCCACAGAAGGAUCAAGCAAGCACACCCAGAGAAGUCUGAGAUUUACAUCUCAGAGUUUACCAGCUGCUUGCACCAAAGUGUAGGUUACUUCUCUGAUUCUAUAUCCUUAAAGGAAAUAGAAAGAGCGGUGUACUUCUUCUUCAUGGAUCUACAGAUGCAUGAGUGCCAAGAAGAGCUAAAAGCUCUUCUUGGAGAAAAUAUGGCUUCUGAUUGUUACCUGAAGUUUCUGGAUAAACCUGACCUGAAAAUUUAUAAUCUGAAAGCAAUGGCCAGUCAUUCUUACCAGAUCUUGAAAUCCCUGUCUGAUAAGUUCUUUUGCUAUGUUAUGAUGGAAACUUGUGUAGAGAAAUUUGAGAAAAGAGUUAAAGGUUAUGAUAGAGUUAGAAAACCCAAGAUGAAGAAAAGAGAAAAUAACAAAAGGAAUGCACUUGUGAGAGAAUUUUCAAAGCAGACAGACACUACUGCCCCUCCCUUUAUGGGAUAUUUAACCGAUCCGGCUCUUUUGGAGAUGUCAGAUGAGGAAGAUGAUGAGCUAUCACCGAUUCAAUCUUGAGAAAGCGAAGUUCAGAUAAAAGUCACUAAGCCAAUAAUCAAGCAAAACAAGGACAAGACAGGAGACGAGCUGCUAUUCGACCAUAUGGUUGCAAGUACCAACAAGCAAAAUAAAUUUAAAGAAAUUACUACUAUGAACUUCGAGUUAGAUGACCCGUUCAUGUCACCUAAACAUAAGAAAAAGAGAAUAAAGGAAGAAAGUGAGAGCUCUCAUGACUCAGGCGAUUAUCAGCAUAUGCAGCACAAGUAUCACGAGAAGCUCAAAAAGGGGAAUAUCAUUUACCAAAAGGAGCCUCGAACAAUUGAAGAUGAGAUGAAAAAGUAUUAUUACACAAAGAAGGAAAUAACUCAACAAGAUAUCGCUAUUAAAAUUCUUAACAAUGAAAUCGAGUUCAACGAAGAUGAUCUUAUAAUCAAAAAUGAUCAGACUGAGAAUCAAGCCUCUCAAUUCUACGAUCCAUACAUUCACGAUAGAGACUGCUUCAUUGCAAAUACAGAAUUUGAUUUCGUAAAACUAAGAGACAUUGAUAGCUGUCUUAGCCAGAAAGAGCUAGAUGAAGAGAAAGAUAGAGUCAUCUCCAAGGGCUGAGUCGAUGAUUGAAAAUGCAUUAUUUUCUAAGCUCAAAUUACAUUCAAUAACUA